UCCCGGUUUCCGGUUACACAGAAAAAGGUGAACUUUUGAAACAAGUGAGAAGCCGAGAAACUGGUUUGGACUUUGGAGGCUUUUGCUGUAACGGGCAGUUAUACAAUGGCUCUUCAACCAGUAGGUGAUUGAUGCCGAACGUUGCGGUUUGUGCGAAGUAAAGAGCUUAUGAUCUGAAACCAUAUCGUGCAUCAUGAGUAUAUGACUAUAUGACGUGGGAAGCUUCUUUUGGAUGUAGAUUUUGAGCAUGGGUUUUUUUCCAGAGGACCCUUUUGCAAAUGGUCUUAACUUUGUUCUAAGAACCAGGCUAAUUACCAUGCUGAAUUGUGAUAUUGAGAGUUAAGGAUACUGUUGGGUUAUGGACACAGCCAACAACAAUGAUACUAGCCAGCCUUCAAACCAAUUCUGCAAUUCUUACAGAGUGGCAAGCCUUUUUGACACAAUUCUGGAAGCAUCCCAAGUGGCAAAUUUGAAAGACCGGUAUAUUCUGGGUGAGCAAUUAGGAUGGGGACAGUUUGGUGUCAUUAGGGCAUGCUCUGAUAAGUUUACUGGUGAGGUUUUAGCUUGCAAGUCUAUUGCCAAAGAUAAAUUGGUCACACAUGAUGAUGCACGCAGCAUCAAGCUUGAGAUUGAAAUAUUGUCUAGGUUGUCUGGGCAUCCGAAUGUUGUAAAUCUCAAGGCAGUUUAUGAGGAGGAAAAUUAUGUGCAUUUAUUGAUGGAGUUAUGCGCUGGAGGGGAGCUUUUUCACCGCCUUGAGAAGCAGGGAAGAUUCUCAGAAACUGAUGCUCAGGUUCUUUUUAGACAUCUGAUGCAAGUUGUUAAGUAUUGCCAUGAGAAUGGCGUUGUUCAUAGAGAUUUGAAACCGGAAAACAUUCUCUUGGCUACAACUUCUUCAUCCUCACCAAUUAAGUUGGCAGACUUUGGUCUUGCAACCUACAUCAAACCUGGGAAGAAAUUGCAUGGGACUGUUGGAAGUCCAUUUUACAUAGCUCCUGAGGUGCUUACAGGAGGUUAUGACCAGUCUGCUGAUGUAUGGAGUGCUGGAGUUAUUUUGUACAUUCUUCUUAGUGGGAUACCUCCUUUCUGGGGUAAGACUAAGUCAAGAAUAUUUGAUGCUGUAAGGGCUGCGGAUCUAUGGUUCCCUCCGGAUCCUUGGGGUCAUAUAUCUGUGUCCGCCAAGGACUUGAUUGCUGACAUGCUUUGCGUUGAUCCUUCCAGGAGGCUCACAGCUGCACAGGUUUUAGCUCAUCCAUGGUUGCAAAGUUGUGCAUGUGCGAGUAACGAGACGUACAAGCAGGACAACCAAGUUUGCAGACAACUGGAAGUGGGUGGAGGUUCUUUCUCUACCCCAUUUAUUGAUAGGAAUCAGGACUUUAGCUUCAGUGAUGGGUCACCCACAGCUGGUGAUGUGGAACUGUGGCAAUCACCUGCAUUCACGUGCAAAUCAUCUUUCUCUACUUUCCUAGUAGGCAAUAGUAGUCUUUGCCCUGCAUCUGGAGGCUUUUCUUUCAGCAGCUGCUAUGAACCAAGUGCAGCUGAGUUUUCUUCACCAGUUCCAUCAAUGCCAAGCUUUACCUUCUUCAGUCCAAGUGCUUCAGUAGCGCAAGGAGAUAUAUCAUUGAGAUUUACAACCAAUAUAUCCAUGUUGGAUGCAAGUUAUGGAGAGUCAAGUGCAGAGAAGCUGUUAGUGCUGUCAGAUUGCUCGCCUGUUAAGCAUGACGGUGAAGAAAUAGAGCGCAAAGAAUUCCGGAGAGGUGGAACAAAUGGGUCGUCUAGGGCUGCUGGGAUCCACAGUAAGAGGAACCACACAAUUGGACAUGGUGAGUUUGAUCAGCUAAAUCUCGUUAUGACUGAAUCAGUCAUCCGUUGGGCAUCAUGCACGCAAAUUCCCACCGUUCCAUCUCUUAGAUUGUCACUUGUCUGCUAGAAGACUGGUUCAAGUGUCUAGACCAGCCAUGAGGGGCACAUAAUUUAUAACAUACUGAUACGCCUAAUGUAAAAUGGGACAUACACAAAUUCGUGGAGGGUCUGUUUGAUCUGAAGAGCUGAACUCUCUGGUGUAUGUAUAGAGGCCUCUUUGCGUUAAUUUUGUGGUGCAAAAGAUAGGGUGACGAUGCUUUUCUAGUUUUUAAAGUUGAUUUUCUAAAUGUUGUGUAGAACAUUAAAAUGUAUGUGACAGACCAUAAAAAGAAAAAGAAAGAAAAAAAGUCAAAUGGCUUCUGAUUAGU